AUGCAGGCAUCUCCAUCAGAAUACAGCAGCCGCUCUGACGACGAGAGUGAGGCAACGUACGCCUCGUCCGUUACUGCGAUUUCGAGUCGCUACCUGACCGCGGAUCACAAGGACAGACCGGUCCUUCGCUAUGUCUCUGAUUCUAACCUUACAGCGUCUUUUGCUCUUCAACGUGGCGAUUUGGUCCACCUUCCACAGCAACAACGGAGUCCGCGACGACAGCUGAUCAUCGAACCGUCCACGUAUUCGACUGCACAUUCGGCAAGAGCAGUGCAAUCAGCAGCGGUGACGAGCGCGGGGAGCUACUUGGAGAUGUUCCCAAUGCCCAGCCCACGCGCUGCGGAUGCGGUUCUGCGCAAAGUCGACCGGCUACCCAAGAGCUUAACGCCGGAAUUGGAAGAGCUAGAGGUGACACGGGAGGGCGAUGCCUUGGAGGCUGCGUGGGACGACGAGAGCUGCAUCGAUGGGUUCACGCCUCGCAUGGAUCCCCGCGAUCGUUUUGUCGAGCAUUCGUCCGAGGCAGAUCAGGCCAGCGCCCUGGAGGAUCGGUUCGAAGUGGACGCAUUGCGCAGACAGGUCGAGCAGUUGCAGAUGGCAUUACAGCUGCAAAGCCAGCAGCUAGCCAGGGCAGAAUCAGAAAAGAUGCAGGUACAUCUUCGCCCCAGGAGGCUUAGUCAACGUACACAGCAGGCGGCGUACUUGCAUCAGGGUCCUCCGUCACCGCCUCCGACUGGCCCGCCGCCGCGACCUCAACAGUCGCCCGCGAGAGCAAAGCAAGCUGCACCGCAGCCUGUAUCCAUGCACGGAACGCUGCUCGGUGCACGAUCCGCGACAGGUGUCGUUGCUCCCAUGCCGUACCCUUCGCUGCAGUAUGUUCACGAUGCUGCCCCGCACAGGGGCUACUACGAGCGUGCCACCACGGCGUUCACCGCCCACCAUCCAUUUGUGGAUCGACACGAAGCGGAGACGUCGCACCCGGUCUCGCCGUCGCCCUCCACAAAUCCAACACUGGUUGACGUGGACAAACUCGACCACCUCAACCGCAAAGUCGCCGAGCUCGAACAGCUCAUCGGUGCCCUCAACGUCAAUGUUGCCACCGGUCCUACUCCUACACGCACAACCCCUCCACCCUCUCAACCCCACGCGGUCAACACGCGCCCCUCUUCGCGUGCCACCAGCACCCCCGACAGCGCCGCCUUCCAGUACAACACCACCCACCCGCCCACGCUCACAUCAUCGUCAUCGGCCUCCAUCCGAUCGUCGUCUUCUAGCUUCCCCACUCCCAAGGAGAGGAAGAGUGGCAAGUUAGCCGCCAAGCUAGGCCUGAAACGGCCGACGACGAGCGGGGCGAUUGGGGGGAACGGCAGUACGUUGAGCUUAGCCUCCGAGACAACGAGUGCACGGGUCAGUUGGAGCCGGAAGAGGACGGAGAGAGUGGUGCAGCCCAAGGUCAAGGUCCGACAAGGCCCAGGCCGCGGGAGGAUGGUCAUUCGCGAAACCGCAGCUUAG